GACUUGCAGGCUGCAGACACGAUCUGUGGAUUGCAGAGUGAGCACCACAUCUGCUGUUUGCAGCCUGCCAGCCCAGAGCUGCUUGUUAGGAGAAGUAGAAGCGGCAGCUGAAGCCGAGCGCUCAGUAAAAUGGCGAUGCGUGUGGUGAGAGCGGUGAGAGCCCUGAAUACAGUGACCAUGGUGCGGAGGUCGGUCCAGGAGUGCAGUCUGGUAUGGAGGGUGUGCUUGGUCAGGAGCUUUGUGACUGGCUCCCAGUUGCUCUCCUCCGCCUUGAAAUUUACAGAUAAACACGAAUGGAUUUCGGUUGAAAAUGGAAUCGGAACAGUGGGAAUCAGCAAGUUUGCCCAGGAUUCAUUAGGCGAUGUGGUGUAUUGUAGUCUUUCAGAAGUUGGCAAAAAGCUCAGUAAAAUGGAGGAGUUUGGGACUUUAGAGAGCGUCAAAGCUGUGAGUGAACUUUACUCCCCCCUAACAGGAGAAGUUACUGAAAUAAAUGGAGCACUAGCAGACAAUCCAGGCUUAGUCAAUAAAUCUUGUUAUGAAGAAGGUUGGCUAAUAAAGAUGACAGUAGACAACCCUUCAGAGCUUGAUGAUCUAAUGAGUGAAGACGCCUACGAGAAAUACGUAAAGGCACUUGAUGACUGAUCUGAUCACUAUGUGGAGCGUAACCCAACUAGAAGGUUUUCCCUGUGUAGGUUGAGUAGUGGUGUCUCAGAUCACACUGGUGGGGACUUCUCAUCGCAGCAGUAACGGUUUUAAACAAAUGCAACUUGCAGAAGUCGGACUGGAAUAAGGAAUUCUUUUUCAGGAGUUUUCCCCAAAUCUUUUGCACAUUGCAUACAUAAUUCCGAAUUUUGUUUUUUUUAUUUUUACAUAUGAAUAAUUAUGCUUAAAUUUAGUAAAUCUUAACAUGCUGCAAAAGCUCAGAUCCUUAUGUCAUUGCAGCAGAGUUCUACUGCAACUCAAGAGUUCUUUUUCUGGACAGCCAAUAACAUAAUUAUUUCGUUAAAGACUGUUCUUCCUUGUGUACUGGAAUGACAACUGUCCCUUUGUGGUGCAAACAGCACUGAUAUAGCCAUGGCUGACAAGAAAGUAU